CUCCGGACCUUCAACAUCACACAUCACGCACUCUCAACUCUGGACCAGCAGAAGGAAUAACCCCUAAAUCUACCUACCCCUAUACCCUGUGAGGAUGUCUCUUUAAACAUCAACCAUUCCCCAGCCUCCAACAUUUCCCACUCAUUCAGAAUCCCAAAGAGCUGCUGAUUUCCUUCAAGUCGUAUUGAAUGCUGGAUCCCGGAGCAACUUGCGCGUUUUAUUGUGGUGCCGCGACCUUCCCCACAGGCUGAGCACGAUGCCCGAGCUCUCCUCCGCGACACACGCGCAUCACUGGAUAUAAAUGACUGAUUCAAGUGUGUGUGACUUCGGUGGACCGAACCAGAGGCUGCAUGGGAAAUGAACGCAGCCGGCAAACAUCAACCCGAUCUGUUAGAGAGACCUGCCAGCCUUCUAGUGCCGACAUGGACAAAAACUGGACUUGCCCUUUUGUAUGAUGAGCACACAAGUAACACCUACGACAUUCGUUUGAAGUUGACGAAAGAGCUGCUUAUCAUACAGAAACAGGACGUGGUUUGCAUUAACGGCGGCAACUCGCACUUAAAUCACAGAACUGUUGUACUUCGACGGCAGGCGACUGGAGGUCUCGGGCUGAGUAUCAAAGGAGGAGCUGAACACAAAGUGCCUGUGGUCAUCUCUAAAAUUUUCAAAGAUCAAGUAGCCGAUCAGACGGGCAUGCUGUUUAUCGGUGACGCCGUGUUGCAGGUCAACGGAAUAAAUGUGGAGAAGUGCACACACGAGGAAGUUGUUCAUCUUUUGCGAACGGCAGGCGAGGAAGUUACCAUCACUGUACGCUACCUCAGGGAAGCGCCGGCCUUUCUGAAACUCCCAUUAGGUUCGCCUGGACCGUCCAGCAAUCACAGCAGCAGGGCAUCGUCGCCGCUUUUCGACAGUGGUUUGCAUUUGAAUGGGAACUCGAACAACACAGCCCCAUCGUCGCCCUGCUCACCUUCAGAUAAUGAACCAAAGUAUGAAAAGCGCUGGCUCGAUGCCAUCACCCUGCCUCUGUUCAUGUCCAGAAUCUCUCGACGCAAAGCUGGAACCGACAAAUUAAGAUCGAACAGUUUUGAAGUCAUUGCCUUAGAUGGAGUUUGCACGCAUGUUCUGCAGUUUUGCACACCAGCGGAAAGCACAGACUGGCUUCAAGAAAUAUCAACCAAUAUCAACGAUUUGACCCAGGAGAGCAUCAAAACAGCAAACAAAUACAGUUCUCCUGAGGAUCAGAUUGUCCAUAUGGGAUGGGUGUGCGAGCACGUGCAGGUGAGCGACGCCGACCCGAUUCGCAGCUGCAGGUUUCUGGUGUUGAGAGGAUCUUCUCUGCUCAUCUUCAGGAGACCUCCGGUCACAGCAUCAGACUGGACACAAGCGGAAGCCAGUUUUCACCUCUGUGAGGUUCUCUUUAAAGUUCAUAAGUUGUGGAUAGCAGAAGACUGCUGGAUUCAGCCAAAGUUUUAUGUGGGCGUGCAGCAGGACGGUGAGCUGCGGGACAGCGAACCCUUCUGCUUCAAUGUGCUGGUGGGUCAUGGUCAGAGUUUCUGCUACAGCGUUGAGCUCGGAUCUGAACUCGUGCUGUGGGAGAAAGCCUUUCAGAGAGCCAUGUUCAUCGAGGUACAACGAGUCCGAUCGAAGAGCUACAUGUGCAGCAGUCUGGGGAUGAUCCUGAGCUUCACAAUCGACUUUGAGUCGGGCUUCUCCUGCUCCGAGAGCGUUUCACAGAAAAUAAUUUGGAAAUACAAGUUCUCCCAGCUCAAGGGUUCCUCUGAUGACGGAAAGACGAGAGUGAAACUCUUAUUCCAGAAUUCUGAAAAUAAACAGAUCGAAAUGAAGGAGCUGGAGUUUGCUAAUCUGACGGCGGUUCUUCACUGCAUACACGCGUUCAUUGCUGCCAAAGUGGCCACGGUUGAUCCCGUCUUUGUCAACAAUCAACGCAUCACACAGAAGUACAUGAGCAACAGCUAAAAACUUCAAUGUUUCAUGAACAUGUACGAUCUCGUCUGUUGAAUCGGUAUCUAUUUUAUGCACAACAUUGAUGGAUAUAUCUAGUUCUCGUUAUUUUUGUAUAAAUCUUCUAAAUUGAGAAGGAUGUUUAAGAAGAAAAACGUUGACAGUAGAUGAUAUUUUGACAUGCAUUGAAUUAUGAUUUCUUACCCACAAAUGUGAUCUCAAAUGUGAUUAUGUAGCAGUGCAAAUGUUCACACAUAUAGCAUUAUGAGUUAAUGCAUGCAUAGCAUUGAACAAUUUACAAGGCAAAACGGGUGAAACUUUGAGAUUUUAGCUGUAAUAUCAACCAAACUUUGGCAAAUAUUUGACUUUCAGUGUUCUUAUGACAUCUUCCCUUUUUAUUCAACGCAUCUAAUAAAGUAAACUAUUUCAGCACAAAGCAAAAUGGCAAGUCUUAUAUAAAAUGUUAAAGUUGCUAUUGAUUUUCUCCAUUAGAAGUGCAACCUACAGUAUGUUACACAAAUCUGACAUGUGCGAUUACAAAGUAGACAAUUAAUAGAACAGUAAUUAUGUCCUUAACAAAUUGAAUUUGUAAAACUCAGUCACUGAUCUGUUAUUCUUUUUA